CCCGCCGAACUUGGGGGGGGUCUGUGUGUUGAGAGAGAGAGAGAGAGAGAGAGAGAGAGAGCAGAGCAGAGCAGGAGCAGGAGCGAUGAAGGUGCUGGUGGCGGUGGACGACAGCGACUUCAGCCGCCACGCGCUGGCCUGGGUGCUCGACCACCUCUUCCCGUUCCCGGCCGCCGCCGCCGAUCAGCCGGCGGAGGAGCCCCGCCCCGCGCUGGUGCUCGUCCACGCCCUGGAGCCGCUCCGGCACAUCAUGUACCCCAUCGGGCCAGGGUCGGCGGUGUACGGCGCGCCGUCGAUGAUGCAGUCGGUGUGGGCGGCGCAGGCGGAGAACGCGCGCAGCCUGCUCGACAGGGCCAAGCGGACCUGCCACCAACGAGGGGUGAGCGCGGAGGUGGUGGUGGUGGAAGGGGAGCCCAGGGAGGCGCUGUGCCGCGCCGCGGCCGACAUGGGCGCCGGGCUGCUCGUCGUCGGUAGCCGCGGUCUCGGGGCCAUCAAGAGGGCGUUCCUGGGGAGCGUGAGCGACUACUGCGCGCACCACGCGAGCUGCCCGAUCAUGGUGGUCAAGCCGCCUCGCGACGACGACGACCACGCCCACCGGACGGAGGCGAGCUGAUCGCCGGCCAGAGGAAAGAACACGGGCAGGAGAAAGAAUCACUCACGCAAGCAGUAUUACUUCUCGAUCCGUUACGGUUGUUCAGUUAUUCCCUUGGCCGUUGUGUCGGCACCUCACCUGUUCCUGGUGGAUCCGUCGUCCGUGUAGCGAUCCUUCUGAUGUCGAUGUAUUCAGGAAUUCGCCACGCUGAGCACCUUACUGUAUAUGUUGCGGAUAUCUUCGAUCGACGAUGUAAAAACCAUGCGCUUGGGUCAUUGGGUGAGAAAUAAUUUGUGUAAAUAAUUAUCACUGCUUUUUUUUCGCCUGUGUAAACAUCAAGGAAGGCAACACUGACAGAGGAGGUCAUUUUGCACU